CCUGCCUCUAUCCAGACGCAGCGCGCAGCCCAUCAACCUGAUCUGAAGAUCGAAAAUAGGAGGGCUUACAGUAAUCAGCCCUCAGACUCUCAUGACAAGGAACAGUGUGGCAACGUUGUGGGAGCGCUCGACACACACAGCAGGACGCUUACUGACGCUGCGCUCUCAGAACAUAACCAACCAGAUAGCGCGCAGAGAGACAGGGGGGAAACGGGGAUGGUAGAAGCAUCCCUUGACGGAUGCGGGGUUUUUUAGCCAAAUUCACAAGCUCUGGAGCCUGACAACAACGAGGACAGAGUGAAGCCGGUCGGGAAAUAAAGUGCUUUUUUUCUUUGGAGGGAUUUUGAACAGAGUGCCGUUUUUUUUUCGUCUUCUCCGGAUGAUCAGAAAUGGGGGAAUGGACUAUACUAGAGAGGCUCCUGGAGGCUGCUGUCCAGCAGCACUCUACUAUGAUAGGAAGGAUCCUACUAACAGUGGUGGUCAUCUUCCGGAUUCUAAUCGUAGCAAUAGUUGGAGAGACUGUCUAUGAUGACGAACAGACCAUGUUUGUUUGUAACACCUUACAACCGGGCUGCAACCAGGCAUGCUACGACAAGGCAUUUCCCAUUUCACACAUUAGAUAUUGGGUUUUUCAAAUAAUCAUGGUGUGCACUCCGAGUCUUUGUUUUAUCACAUACUCGGUGCAUCAAUCGGCCAAGCAGAAGGAGCGGCGGUACUCAACAGUCUAUCUGACACUAGAUAAGGAUCAAGAUUCUCUGAAGCGAGACGAGAGCAAAAAGAUAAAGAACACCAUUGUCAAUGGAGUACUUCAGAACACAGAGAACUCCACCAAAGAAGCCGAACCGGACUGCUUAGAAGUGAAAGAGAUCCCUAAUUCGGCCAUGAGAACUACAAAGUCCAAAAUGAGGCGGCAAGAAGGCAUCUCCAGGUUUUACAUCAUCCAAGUUGUUUUCAGAAACGCGCUGGAAAUAGGCUUUUUGGUGGGUCAGUAUUUCUUGUAUGGAUUCAACGUCCCGUCGGUGUACGAAUGUGACCGCUACCCCUGCAUAAAAGACGUCGAGUGCUAUGUCUCCAGACCCACGGAGAAGACAGUGUUCCUGGUCUUCAUGUUCGCGGUCAGUGGGUUUUGUGUGGUGCUGAACCUGGCUGAACUCAAUCAUUUGGGCUGGAGGAAAAUCAAAACGGCCGUGCGAGGUGUGCAAGCUCGGAGGAAGUCCAUUUAUGAAAUCAGAAAUAAGGACUUGCCAAGAAUGAGUGUGCCUAAUUUUGGUCGCACUCAGUCCAGUGACUCUGCAUAUGUGUAACACACGAAAGGAGUAAAACAUGUAAAAAACCAUGAUGGACAUGAUGGACAGAUCCGCACGCCUAAUUCGUGUCAUGACUUAAAGAGUGGGCAGAUUUUGUUUCUUUUUUCUCUUUGAUUUGUUGGUCUUUUAUGGACGUCAUGGCAAACGUGGAUUACACGUUUGAUUACUUAUUUAUUAUUGCACUGAUGCAACUUUUUAGUAACGUUUAUACUCUGUAAAAUGCUAAGUGAAGAUCAUGUCAACGUGUUCACAGAUUUACUCUUUGUGGGCUGUUCUGAUGUACUUGAAGAGAGUAAAUGAAAAAAAAAAAAAAAAAGAGAAAAAAA